CCUUUAUAUCUAUACACUAGCAAACAAUAACAAAUACAACGUCAUGGGAAAAAAAGACUACAUGUCACUAUUUGACCGUUAUGUUUCUUCUCUUCCUUCCAAUGAAGAUCAUGACGACUUUACACCUUUACCGGACUCCAUGCGAACAUCAACUCUUUUAGAACAAAUAGGAAAAGAUCGAUCUUGGACAGAUGAUCAAGUUGAUAGUGAUAUUGCUAUUCUAGAAAAAAACCGACUUUACUUUGUUCGCGAUCUUCGAAUACUUUCAAAUCAUAGUUGGUCGGUGAUCGAAUUACUUCCUUUGGUGCGUGAUUUAUUACGACAAGCCAUUGUUUCCAAUAAAAAAUCUGAACAAGAUAUGACUGAUGAUGUUAUGGAUGCCAAAGCUGAAAAGAAGAAAAAGAAGAAGGAAAAAAAGGAAAAGAAAAAGAAGAUGGGUGAACCAGUGGUGCCUUCUUUAUUGGUACGUGGACGAGAUGAAGUAGCAUUGGCUGGAAAUACAAUACAAGAAACUUCUUCUGAAAUCAUGAAAGAUGUACUUAGUGAAGAUCCUGAAACGAUUAGAAAUACCAUUCGAAAUGGCUCCAUUGAUCUUGGUAAAGACGAUACUCCAUCACCUGUCACCACCAACAAUGAACAUAAGAAAUCAGUCUCGUUUUGCAAUGAAAAUGGUACUAUUCCUCAACAACGUCCAAGUAUUGUGGACAGUAGUGAUGAAAGUUCUUCGUCUUCUUCUUCUUCUUCUUCCGGCGAAGAUGAUCAAACUGGUGGAAAGCAACAACAGAAGCAAUCAAAUUCCUUUGGGUUACGGCCUAUCAAACCUGUUAGUGCCAAUCGAAUUCAAAUCAAAACUUCUAAUGGUCAAGUCUAUGAAUGCGAUCGGUUUUGUCCUCAUAAAGGUGUGGAUUUAUCAACUUGGGGUCAAGUCUUGGGAAACAAUCUCAUCUGCACAAAACACAAUUGGAAAUUCGAUUUGAGUGGUAGUGGUUUGGGAAACAAGGGAAGAUCCAUCCAUCCAUGCAAGGUCAAUGAUUGGUAAUGCCAUGAUUUGUCCUCAAGAUUUUUUUUUUUUUUUUGUGUAGUCUUAUAGCAUCCAUUUUUUUUUAGUAUAGUAGGUCGUACGAUAUCUUUAUUUUUUUUUUUAACAUAAUAAUAUAUUUUU